CCUAAACUAAAAACAUGGCGGCGCCCAUUACUGAAUUUUGUGGAUGGUGUUGGUGAGGAUGUUGUUGUGGUUUUAUUAAUGUUUAUGGAGAGAAAGACGUAUAAGUUAAAAACAUCAUCAUGUCUGGGCAAGAACAAUCCCCAUCUUCAGGAAAUACCUCAGGAAGCCUUCCUCGAGGGCUAAUUGGGCGUCGAGGGGGUAUUGUCAACCCAAGCACUCGUCUCCCAUCUUUACGCCCAGCAAGAGACCUAACCCUAGGAGGUGUACAGAAGAAAGCAUUCAAGCCUAACCUCACUUCAGCUGGUAGAAAAGAGAGAAGCCAAAAAGAUGGCACAAGCAAAGAGUCUGUAUCAUCAGACACCCCACGACAGAGAGGUCAUAAAUCCGGGAGAGGUGAUGGCGGUCGUGGGAGAGGCAGAGGUCGCGGACGGCCAGAAACCAUUCAAUCCCACUCUAUCUUUGAGCAAGGCCCUGCAGACAGACUAAACAAAAAAGUAGGAGGGGGCAGUGGUUAUCUUGGAGGAGGAGGGGACAGUAAAUCAUCAUCUUCUUCUCGGCCAAUCAAAAGAGAUAAAAUGACGGAGGAAGACUCUAAGAGGAUGAAAGAAAUUCUCAGAGAUGACUUUGUGAGUGAGUUGGAUGGGGAUUAUGCGGAAAAUCAAUACUGCCCGAUACAUCUACCGUUGGUGGCGGCGUUGUCCUUGAAGAAGGAACACAAACAAGACGCAGAAAUAAAGAUGGAAUGUGAGGAGGAAAAAAAAGAAAUUAAAAAAGAACCGGACGCUGGAGAGGAUGUAGAAAUGCCAGAAUCAGAAACAAAACCUUCUCUUGAAAAAAUCGCCAUACAACCAAAGGCCAGCACAAAAUUCAUACCAGAGAGGACAACGUGUGCCUCCAUAUUUGGCAGUCGGACAAAAUCUGAGGGUGAACUUAUAUUUUUCCAGUUUCCGGAUACACUACCUGGUCAGGCAAUGACAAAGGAUGAUGAAGAGCAAAGGCCAAAGUUUAAACAAGAACCAGGAACGACAACAGCAGACACAGAUAGUCACAAGAAGUCAAAAGAGGACAAUAAACCAGUCAAGUGUACCCUACAGAGUCUGCCAGAAGGAUACUUGGGUAAAAUGCAAGUUUUGAAAUCCGGCAAAACAAGGUUUGUCCUUGGAAACGUGACUCUUGAUGUUGCCACAGGAACACAGUGCGGAUUCUUACAGGAUGUGAUGUCACUUAGGCUUGACGACGAUGAGCGUUCAGGUGAAAUGAUCCGAUUGGGACACGUGAAAAACAGAAUUGUCUGCACGCCAAACUUUGAGAGUCUUUUACAACUAUCGACUUAGAAGGUAGAAAACGACAAAAGACUACCCGUACCACUAGUCCAAACAGCACAUAUGCUAUUAAGACACAAUGAGAAACAGUGAAUAAGUGGCAGAAGGAUACUUGGGUAAAAUACAAGUUUUGAAAUCCGGCAAAACAAGGCUAGUCCUUGUAAAUGUGACUCUUGAUGUUACCACAGGAACACAGUGCGGAUUCUUACAGGUGCGUUGCUAGGAAAUUCAAGUACCAUAAUAAUAAUAUUACUAGGUGCACAUUUCCCAUAGAAUGCGCAUUGUUGUUGUUUGUGUAUAGCUUCAUACAUCAUGAAAGGUAAUGUACACUGGGAUACAUCACCUUGGUCAUGCCCACCGUUGGUCGCUUCCAGCACCAUGUAUGAUUUUAUAAAAAGGUUAAGAGCACCGGACUCGCCACUUGUGCCCUUGAGCAAGAUACCAUAGUUGUUUUGUUUUCUUUGGUCUCCUCUACGUAGAAGGUUGUUUCAGGCCAGCGAAGCACUUAUAAGGGAGAACACUGGUGUAUCCUGCUCAACUUCUUGUUCAAAACUUCAAAGACUUCUUUUUCAAUUCCGGUUCUCAGUUAAGAGCACCAAAUUCAACUCUGGUGUUUCUGAUCAGCAGAGUGUCGGUUCGAGUCCCAUUCGUGACACUUGUAUCCUUAAGCAAGACACUUAACCAUGAUGCUUCGUCCUUCGGAUGGGACACAAAUAGCCGUUGGUCGAGUGUGUUGGGCAUCGCACGUAAAGGACCCAGUGCACUUAUCAAUAAAGAGAAGGGGGUUUGCCCCAGUGUGAAAGCACAUCAAUUUUGUGCAACAAGGG